AUGGUGCCAACUAUAAGAUCAUCAAGGCUACUUUACACAAUCGUAGAGGAAGCUAAAUGUCUGUCAAAUGUCUUUGGUCAUUUCUUAAUAAUAUCGAUGCAUUGUAAGUGGGUGCAAAGUCUUGUGAAGUUUUGUUGCACAGUAAAAGUAGCGCGAAAAAGAAGUGUCGCUGUGGGUAAAGAAAAAAGGGAAUAAGAAUAAUUCAUAAUGCAUCGUACAUUCGUUUCUAAGUCACCUCCCGAUCGUAUCGUUCUCACACCAAGCAAGAUCCAAUUGUCGAUCGUAAAAUUCUCUUCAGUUUCAUUUAGUAAAUUCCAAUGGAAGAAAGAUUCUCAUAUUUAUCAGAAUUGUAAUAAAAUUGGAACAAUUUUGAAAGAGAAAAAUAUUAUUAUACAUAUUGCCUGGCAAAAAUUGAUCAUUUGAGACGAGAUUAUAAUGAUGGUCCAAGAGAUCAUGAUAUGACCAUUUAAGCGUGUAUACAAAGAGCACAAGGUCACUAAAUAAGACAGAUUCUGAGAAUGUAACUUAAACCACGGCUCCUUGCCUUUGUAUCAAUUCAUAUGUUGAGAAUUGAAAGCUAAAUAAUCUUUGUUUAUAGAACUGAUGCAUCACUUUCUUGAGAAACGCAAGCUUUAAUGAAAUGCGAUCCUCCAAUUAUCCAAAGAAAUAAGUACUUACGUACCUUUAAUCAAAAGUUAUUGCUCUCGUACCACUAGGACAGUCUGGCAUUAUAAAGCUUUAUAAAGUUUCAAUUAAGCCGCGAUUGUAUGAUUUUUUUGGAUCACCAUGCCACUUAAUUAUCCGACUGCUUAUGACGAUACCUUUUAUCGAUCGACGUAUUACAAUACUAUAAAUAUAGGAGGAAAGGAUUUUCCAAAAAGGAAAUGUCGAUAGUGGAACACUUUCAAAAAUUGUUUGACGCCAAGAACCUUUAAUUCUCAAAAAGCUAAAUUCUUCGACUGAAUUUUUCGGAAGAAAAACUAUUGCAGAAGAAUAUUUCUAAAUAAGAUUUAUAUUAUUUAGAUAAUAUUUCUAAUAUAAUUAUUUAGAUAAUAUUUCUAAUAU